AUGGACGGGAAAUUGAUCGACCCUCGCCCGGCCCCGACCCCGCGGACAUUCCGGUCAAGGCGAAACAUCGUAGGACGAUCGAUCAUUGCGGUGGUGGUUGGCCUGGCGUAUCUAUGGUUUGUGGUUCUCGAGUCUUCUGCUGAGCCCUCGGUGGUUGUACUAGAGUCCAGUUUUAGCUGGGAGAGCGCCCCUCCUUCGGAAUCACUAGAGUAUCAUGACUGCGGAGAUGGUUUCCAGUGUGCUCGGUUGGAGGUCCCGAUGGACUAUAAUCGCUCUGAUCUCAACAACCGGAAAUUCACGUUAGCUGUGGUUCGCAUUCCAGCGAAAGUGCCAGUUGGAGACCCUCGCUAUGGAGGUGCUGUUCUGAUUAACCCAGGUGGUCCGGGUGGCCCUGGAACCUUGCAGGCAUUUUUGACUGGUCGCAAUCUACAGACGAUUGUCGAUGCGGAGAGUGAUCCUGUUUUCCCGGCGCCUGAAAGCGGCGAGAAGUAUUUCGACAUUAUUGGGUUUGACCCUCGAGGCGUAGGGUCCACGACGCCGGCAUUGACAUGCUUCCCGGAUCCCACAUCCCAGCGCAACUGGGAAUUGCAAGUCUCGGCGGAAGGCAUGCUUGGAAGUGGCCCGCAAUCACUGGCUAGAAACUGGCAGCGUACUCAGGCUCUGAAUUCGGGAUGUUCUUUCUGGGAAAUGGCAGAUCUAGCUCAUCAGAAUGAGUCCAUGAUGGAGUAUGUGAGUACUCCCUUGGUCGCGAGAGACAUGAUCACUAUCAUUGAGCGCCAUGGUGAAUGGCGUGAGAAAGAGGGUCUCAAGGCACAGGUUUCCUUUGAUCAGACUCACGGCCCUGAUGAAUCGCGUGCAAUCUUGCGACGCACUCAGUGGCGUAUCGAUCAGGAGCCGCUCUUGUAUUGGGGUCGCUCUUAUGGGACUCUUCUUGGCACAACCUUUGCAGCCCUCUUCCCCGAUCGGGUCCAACGCGCUGUCCUCGACGGUGUCGUCAACAUGGACAAGUACUACGAAAACCGCGGCCCAAGUGUACUUGUUGAUGCCGAUGCCAUCUUCAAUCAAUUUGGUCAGUACUGCAAUGCCGCCGGUUCAAAUAACUGUCCUUUUUUCGUGGAAGGAGGAGCACAAGCCAUCAUGGAUGCAUACUGGACACUCGAGGACCAGCUUCUUAAUAUGUCGAUCCCCGUGAUGGCAUCGGCGACUCGGGGACCCGAGGUUGUGACCUGGACAGACUUGAAGACCCUUCUUCGCGUCGCUGUUUAUCAACCCUUACUUGCGUUCCCAGUGCUGUCAUAUCACAUGGGCGAGCUGAUGAAGGGGAACCCGGUCACUUUGGCGGAUUUCAAGCAUCGCAGUCACUUUUCCGCGUGUCCGACGAGUGAAUGCAGUAUUGCUGGCCCUUGGUCACCGGAAUGUUCGCGGGGCCAGGAUAAUAGUCUCUAUGCGAGCGCUGCUAUACUUUGCACUGACGCAGAGUAUAUGACUCGUUGGAGUAUAGAAGAGUUUGAAGCUGAGUGGAAUCAUCUUAGAGCCGAUAGUGCCACACUGGGAGAUUAUUGGGCUCAGCUUGAGCUGAGUUGUGUCGGUUGGAAGGCUAAGGCCAAAUACAAAUUCACAGGUAAGAGUCUAGAGUCUAGGUCCGUGGGCGGUGUUACCUCUCAUCCGAUGUUGUUUGUGGCGAAUACACUUGACCCUGUAACAUCGCUGAACAGCGCACAGCACAUGUCGCAACAAUUCCCCGGGUCCCGAUUACUCCAACAAGAUUCUGAAGGGACUAAUGUGGAUGAAACUCAGCACACCACUGUUGCGGCCCCUUCAGUCUGUGUUGCCAAGUCAAUCCGCACCUAUUUCCAAAAUGGCGAUCUGCCUGCGCCCGGAACGCUCUGCGAAGCGGACUUGAAGCCGCUCGUCGGCGCACCUCAAAAAGCUGCCGCCCUUUGUCAAGACAUGAAUGACGCUGAUAAAAAACUAUUCAACGCGCUUUUGGCCGACGUCCAUCUGGGCCACUGGCCCGGACUGCCCUUAUAG